AUGCAGUUAGCAUUUUUGGAUUCUGGAGCGGCUUUCGUCUCUUCUCAGAGAAGUCGUCUUUUCAACGCGCUCUGCGCCGCUGAUACGAAGAAAGUUAGUUCACCAUCAAGGUGCCCCUUGACCGACCUCGAGUACGCCGACGGUGUUGUUAUAUUCACGGAAUGCAGUACGGAACUUCAACAUGUUGGCAAUCUUUCAUCGAAACUGGCUGUAGCCUAUUCACAACGUCUAUCCCUUGAUAGAUGUAAGCAAGUGUUGGUCUCUUCGACCUCCAACGUGAAUGGUGAUGACGAAGUCGUCUUACUUAUGCGACUCUCUGAAGAAGGAGAAAGAGACACUGAUGAUGGUUAUCGAUUUAGGAUCAGGAUUAUAAAUAUAAUGUUGCUGAUUCUUCAGUGCGGCGACAAGGAUUUAGCACUAAUAUUUGGAAGCAUCUUUGCCUUGUUGAACUGUAUAUUUGCCUUUUACAAUUUGUUUCAAAUAGCAUUAGCGGUUGUUCGGAAGUUGGACGGAAUGAAAAAGAAAGUAAACCUAGCGGAGAAAGCGCUAAAAGAACGACGACUACCGCCCGACCUUUAUGCUCGACUACAAGACACCGCAGACACACAGAUUGAGACCCAGUGA